GCGCGCGAUCCCACAAUGCUCAGCUCCGCAGAAGUCUGUAUUGACAAGAUGGCGACUCCCUGCCUGAAAUGGAAAAAAGAGACAAAUACGCAAGGUCCUACCCCCCGACCACGUCAUGGACACCGCGCGGUGGCCUUCAAAGACCUCAUGGUCGUUUUCGGCGGUGGUAACGAAGGAAUCGUUGACGAACUUCAUGUGUACAAUUCAACGAGCAACACCUGGCUCGUGCCCGGCGUCAAGGGCGAUAUUCCUCCCGGCUGUGCGGCCUACGGAUUCGUCUGCGAUGGAAUCAGUCGCAUGCUUGUAUUCGGAGGGAUGGUUGAAUACGGAAAGUAUUCGAACGAGCUCUACGAGCUCCAAUUCCAGAGGUGGGAGUGGAAACGUCUCAGACCGCGUCAGCCCAGGAACGCGCCGCCGCCUUGUCCUCGACUCGGGCACUCGUUUACCCUGAUAAAUAAUAGAGUUUUCCUCUUCGGGGGUCUCGCGAACGACAGCGAUGAUCCCAAGAAUAAUAUCCCAAGAUACCUCAACGACUUGUACACGCUGGAGCUGCGUGCGAACUCUCCGGCGAUGGUCUGGGACGUGCCAGCGGUUUCGGGGACCCCACCCCCACCGCGAGAAAGUCACACAGCCGUGGCUUACCAGAACAAAGAAAAGAGACACCUCCUAAUUGUGUACGGGGGAAUGAGCGGAUGCCGAUUAGGCGAUUUGUGGGUCCUCGAAGUCGACAAACUCGUAUGGUGCAAGCCGGCGGUCGCCGGACCGCCCCCCUUGCCGCGAUCGUUGCAUUCAGCUACUUUAAUCGGGCAUCGAAUGUACGUUUUCGGCGGCUGGGUUCCACUGGUGAUGGAAGACGCCAAGAGCGCGACCCAUGAGAAGGAAUGGAAGUGCACAAACACGCUGGCUUCACUCAACCUGGAGAACAUGACAUGGGAGGCGCUCCACAUGGAAUCUUACGAAGACACCGCACCGAGAGCAAGAGCCGGCCAUUGUGCGGUGGCCAUAAAUUCCCGUCUAUUCAUUUGGUCCGGGCGCGACGGAUAUCGGAAGGCUUGGAACAAUCAAGUCUGCUGCAAGGAUCUCUGGUUCUUAGAGACCGAAAAACCACCGCCACCGGCCAGAGUGCAGCUGGUAAAAGCCUCUACCACGAGUCUCGAGGUUUGUUGGGGAGCGGUGCCUGUCGCAGAACAGUAUCUUCUGCAGGUCCAACGAUACGACAUUCCCGCCACAACUGCACCUCCUACUCCUGUGCAGCAGGCACAACCAGCCGUAUCUGUGCCUGGAACCCCCAUAGCCGUCGCAGCCGCAACUCCCACGGCGACCCCAACGGGAACCAUCCACAAGAUUCAAGCGUCGACAAACGUGACUCCCGUCACUACCACACCGUUGACGACAGCCAAAGUGCAUACGAGAUUGGUCUCGCCGGGACAGCUUGUGCGUGGUCCUACUCCAAGAACUCCAGUGUCUACAUUACGCGUUGCUACUCCUGGAAUUCGCACCACGACUCCUGGAGUGACAGUUGUGAGGUCUCGACCUCCGUCCCAACAGAUUCGCGUCAUCGGUACCGGUCAUCAACAAGUUCUCAAGACCGGACAGAUGAUGACGCCUGUCAAAAUAGUCAGCCAACAGUCGCUCCAAGGCGCAACACAGACCGUCCGUUUGGCGAGUCCUACCACUUUGCUGAAGUCACCGGUGGGAACCGGCGGGAAGCAAGUAAUUACCGUCCACAAAGCCGGUGUCGGGACGACCACCUCCAUGGGAGGCACCCAAACCAUAACCACUGCCGGGAAGGCAGGACCCCAACCUCAAAUAGUCACCCUGCUCAAGACGCAGCAGGGUGUCACCUUGGCCAGCGUACCGAAGGUUUCUUUAAUUCAACAGGGCAAGAGCCCUCAGACCGUGACCAGCAAGGCUGGAGGAACAACUAUCGUUAAGCUGGUCACAACCCAGGCCGGCGCAACCCCCGGAACGAAAAUUAUAUCCCAACAAAGUCCCACCAUCUUGAGCAUGCCCGGUGGGCAGCCCAAAAUGUCCACCAUUAUCAGAACUUUACCGUCGAACAUGGUCACUGUUAAACCUGGUCAGGUUGGAUCCCCCGGCAUGGCGAAGGGAAAACAAACCAUCGUUAUUUCGGGUGCGAAGGGCACACCGAUGACCCAGAAAGUCAUCACGACGGGAGCGAAACAACCGCAACAAAUAAUCGUGGUGACGAAUCCCGGAGCUGUCAAGUCUGCCCAAAGUCUGACGACAGUUCAAGCCGGCUCGGCUCAGAAACAAGGUGUUAAGAUGAUAGUCGUCAGUCAGGGUGGACAGCCUGUUCGGGCUCAGCAGACAUUUACCUUAUCUGGCAGCACCGCCACUACAAUGAGCCAGGCUAGCGGGACUCCGAUGACGAUCACCGUACCGAAGACGGCGCAGAAAGUCGUCACGGUCGUUCAGCAACCACAGCAACAAAUAAUCCAACAGCAACAACAACAAACCGUACACGUAACAAGUGUGCAAAGAGGAGACCCAGAUGUAGCACGUGCGGCCCAUGGCGAAGACGAAGGACUCACCGACGACGAAGCCAAGUUGUCGCGCUGGGGCAGUGAGAGCAGUAUCGAAUCCGAGCCCGAAAUUCCACUGCCCGGCGCCGAUGAUGAUGCCAUCGUUACUGAAGAUGAGCAGCACGGAGUUAUGGAUGGCGUCGACCAAGGAAACCACGACGACGCAAUUCCUCCGGAAGCACUUCCCGAGGGAGAACCGGUCGACGAAGGGGUCCCUGCCGACGGUGGCGAUCAACUCGCCGACGAUGGACAACACAGAGACGAAGCUUUGCAAGAAGCCAUGCAAGGCGAAGCCGAAGGAGUCCACGGCGUGACAGUGAGCGCCGAAGAAGCCGCAGCCUUGAGCCAAGCGAUGGUCGAAGCCGCUGUGGCGCUCGGCGAAAACUCCCAGGAGGAUCCGGCUCUCGCCGCUGCGGUGGCUCAGGCUCAAUUAGCCGAACCCCCGCAGGUCGAAAUAACGCCUGAGGAAGCGGAAGCAGCUCUCAAGCAACAGGAGGAGCAGAUGAUGGCCAUGGGAAAUCCUGGCGCCCUUCCUCCGGAGCAAAUGUGCGCCGACGAUCCCCCGAUGGAAACCGACGCUCUUCACAGCCAACUGACGGCCGACGCAUUGGCUGCUGCGGAGGCCGCCGUUUCCAGCAACGGACAACUCGAAGGAACCGCCGAACCAGUCGUGGCUGCGGAUCCUCUGGCUACGUUGGCGUCUGCCGCGAUCUCCUCCAUCCAGCCGGCCGCUGCUCCCCCUGCCGAGGCGCCUCCUGUCGCCAUUCCCGGCCAGCAGCAACAGGACGCUGCCGUCGCGUCAAUUACGCAGGCUAUCAAAGAGGAGAACGGCGACGCCACUGCUGCCCCGCAGAUCAAGGACGAGGUGAAGCUCGAGGAGCCUUCGACCCCUCAAUCGGGCGUGUGGUACGAUGUCGGCAUCGUUACCGGCUCAAGCAUGCUCGUCUCGAAAUUCAACUUUCCCCAGAACGGUUUACCGAUUUCCGACGACAGCCUUACUGUGACUGACUUUACCGGAUAUCUGAAAGUCGACUUGCUCCCUGGAACAGCUUAUAAAUUCAGGGUGGCUGGAAUUAACUCACUGGGUCGCGGUCCGUUCAGUGAGAUCUCUGCUUUCAAAACGUGUCUUCCCGGAUUUCCUGGAGCCCCAUCAAACAUCAAGAUCAACAAGGGCCCCAAUGGAGCCCAAUUGUCUUGGGAGCCGCCACAAAAUACCGCAGGGGAAAUUCAGGAGUACUCGGUAUAUCUCGCUGUACGACCCAGCAGUGAACGAAACCCAGCCAGCACCAAUUCAAGUCAGCUAGCAUUUGUGCGAGUCUACUUCGGGCAAGCCCCCGCUUGCGUCGUAAGCCAAAAUCAUCUCAUAAGUGCGCACGUCGAUACAUCUAACAAGCCUGCUAUCAUUUUCCGCAUCGCUGCCCGAAACGAAAAGGGAUACGGUCCCGCUACUCAAGUCAGGUGGUUGCAGGAUAACAUGGGUGCCAACCGCAACGCCAUGAAGAGACCUGCAACAUCGACGAGUCAGAUCGUUAAAAAGAUCAAGACCGAGUAGAUUGAGGUGUUACAUUUCUUUCGUCCACUACCAUCAUCCGACUAUAUAUCCCG